CUGCUACUUGGUUCCGCUAUCGCCGGAGGCUUAGAGGGCCUUCCCGGACUGUCACCUAGGUGCCGCGGCUUGGGUGGCAGGAAGAGGCCAUCCCAGCUGCGCGUUGUCCUUGCGGCCGGCGGGAAGCGAGGGCGCUCUCGAAAUCCGAGGGCUUCUGCGACCCCUUUUACAGCACCAUGGCAGUCCCAGGUUGCAACAAGGACAGCGUCCGAGCAGGCUGUAAAAAAUGUGGCUACCCUGGUCACCUGACUUUUGAAUGCCGCAAUUUUCUCCGAGUAGACCCAAAAAGGGACAUAGUUUUGGAUGUCAGCAGCACAAGCAGUGAAGAGAGUGAUGAAGAGAAUGAAGAACUGAAUAAAUUGCAGGCAUUACAAGAAAAAAGAAUAAAUGAAGAAGAGGAGAAGAAAAAAGCAAAAAGCAAAGAGAAAAUCAAGUUGAAAAAGAAAAGGAAAAGGUCUUAUUCAUCCAGUUCCACUGAAGAGGACACUUCAAAACAAAAGAAACAAAAAUAUCAGAAGAAAGAGAAGAAAAAAGAAAAAAAGAAUAAAUCAAAAAAGGGGAAACAUCACAAAAAGGAAAAAAAGAGGAGAAAAAAGGAAAAGCAUUCUUCCACCUCUACUAGUUCUGAAGUCUCCAAAAAAUAACCGAGACUUUGGCCUAAGCCAUUAAAAUACAAAUUUUGGUUUUUAAAAUUAUUUGACCUUCCUUGAAAUUUGCUAUAUAAUUAUGCUUUGCAAUAAAUCCCAGCCUUUUCCGUAUAGACAUCUUUUUCAUAUAUGGGACCAUUAUCCUCUGGCAAUAUAUUUUUAGUAUGAUAUGACUGUAAAGUGUUGAAUCAGUCUUAUUAUCCAAGUGUGGAUAUUUGUACAUACAAAACAUCAUUUUUGGUAUUCGUAGCUCUGUGUGUCUGACUAGUGUUAUUGCUUCGUAAGCUGAUUGUAAAUGGCUUUACUGCAGUCAACACGGGUGGUCUGCCCAGCAGUUAAUGCGUGUUGCUGAACCAAGUGUCCACCUUCCAGUGUAAAGUGAGGUAGGGGAUAAUGCUUUGCUCUUAACACUGAAAAACUUAAUAGCUUUAUAUCCUAUGAUCAUGUAUAAAGAUAGUGAAAUUCUUCUCUGUUGUUUUAAAAUCUCUAGCCACUUUUUGGAUGUCUUGGGAGAUGAAACUGCUUUAUUGGUCUUGACUAGGACUUUUUAAAUCAAUAGUAUCGGCAGGAAGAUGAUAAUGAAAAUAUUUAUAACAGUUUUACUGUUUUAUGAAAUGCAGUUUCUAGUACCUGCCUCCGUUGUUUUUAUAACGAUUAAAAUAUUUCUUCAUUGUUUAAAAAGACAAGUCUAGUUCAGCCUAUUAGUAAGUCUCAUAAAGAUGAUGCUGUGUCGGGCAGGAUUUUUAGGAUAGACUCCUGGGUGGUUUUACAAAUGUGCCAUAUUGGCAUGUCUAAGUGAUACCUCAAACACAACUUUUUAUUUAGGAGGAUAACAGCUAAAUCUUCAUUAGAACUGAUUUUUAUUGUAUGCAGUAUGUAAAUUUUAUGAGACUUGUUUUUAUGAGUAAUGUGGAAAAUUUUUAUAAAUGUGAACAUGUAUAUUUAUUUGUCUGAAAUAAUUUGUAGUUUUGAAGCAGAUUUCACACUGAAUUUAUGGUUUCAUAAAUGACCAGUUUGGGGGGUUUCUCUCUUUUACUUCAGUCAUAAACCUUAGGAACAGUGACAAAAAUUUAGGAUUAAGAAUUUUAUUCUGUACUUUUUAAUUUAAGAGUUGCAUCAUGAAAGCUUUUAUAUAACAAUGGAAAUUUUAUAAAAGUAAGCAUUUUCAAACAUAUUAAUAGAUAUAAAUGUGUCUUACAUUUUUAAUUUCACAAUGAUCAGUGUUACUUACUUUGGUUAAUACUUGGGUAUCACUUAUGCCCAGUGAAUUAAAUAGUGACUACCAUAGGAGCAUAGAAAGUCAGCCAGUUAUCAUGGCACAGCACCAAGGACUACAAGUACCUCACUGUGGUACAGUUAUAAGCUUUCAAAUUGGGAACCUACAGACAUGGCUGCAGGUGAAUUCAUUAUGGUGGAAUCAGGUAAGUAACCUCACAGGCUGGCAUGGCGUACUGAUUCUUCCUUCACUCAGCUCUGCUGCCUGGCAUGGCCUCAGUGAGACGAGGAGAGCCUCGUAACUCCUCUAACAUGCUUACCAUGCUCAAAGUCUAGGGAAGCCACACCCGCAUCGCUGUUCAAGCAUUACAGCCAUGGAAGCUCUCACUCACACUGCUAGCUUUUUUAUAACCUAAUUUAAUCAUCCGGCCUCCUCAAAAAGAAAUCUUAUUUGAAUAGUUCAGUCAGUUGUUUGGAGAGAAACACAGAGCUGUUAGGUUUUUAAGGGUUUGUUUUGCCUUUGCUGUAUUUUAUGUAUUUUUGAAAACUGUAUUUUAUGAAAAUACAGUUCUUUGGUUAUCAAGUUGAAAAAAUAAGUAAAAAAAAAAAAUCCUUUGAAAAAUGCUACAUGCGAAAGAAAGAAUGGCCUCAUCCCACUGAGUGUAUAGCAUGGCUAAAAAUAAUAAUAAUUGUAGUGAAACAGAGUUAUUUGUAAGUCUUCUUUCUGUUAAUUGAAGAGACUAUAAAUUGGCUCAUUAGGUUUCUUUUCUGAGUGGUGACAUGAUUAAUAAUCAUUCAGAAGGCUUAUAUAAAAUCCAGCUCUCAUUAACUAGUAAUAUAGUACACAAAUUAAAAUAUUUUAAUGCUCAGUAAUUUUUUUCUCCCAGAAACAAUCUUGGAGUUAUUCUUACCUAAAUUUCCCAUAAUAUGAGAAUAGUUUGUGAAAUAUCUCAUCUGAAUAAAAUUCAUUUAUUUUUAUUAAAGUAAUUUUCUUCUAAAGUGAUCUUGUUAUUAUUAUUGGGAUUGGAUGCAAAGCUCACUAAUGUAUUUUAGGAGAAAAUUAGUGAAAUUUCCUGUCAGGCAUUAUAUAGCAGAAGAAAAACUGAAUUUAAUGGUAAAAAUUCCAAAAGUCCUGGUCUUUCUAACUAGCUAUGUGACCUUCAACAGUCAUUUAGCUUCUCUUGGCCUUGGUGUCUUUCAUCUAUAAAAUAUUGUACCAGAUUAGCUCUGCGACCCCUUCCAGUCCUUAAGAUACAUGAUUAUCAGUAUUUUAGUAAAAUUCAAGUAUUAUCCAUUUUGUAAAUUACUGCAGAUAAGCAGGUAGGAUUCUGUAAUGGUGAAGGUUAAAUUUAUUAAUACAAACGUUAUGCACGUUCAGCUUCUUUAAGGAGACAUCUUUACCACCCAAUGUAUGUCACCUUCAGUAGAUGCAGACAGAAUUUAUGUUUAGUUUUGUAUCUGUAACCAGAUUAUCGGAACACUCUCAGGAUAUUGCUUUUGGGUUGGUGGACCUACUCCCCACACAGUUUCCUAUUUCUUUUCUCCAUUUCAUCUGUUGGCUAAAAUCUCACAGAAGUAUCCCCAAUUCUUCACACUUAAUACAUAUCUAUCUACAUCUUUGGUUCUCUGAGGCCAAAACAUCAGUAAGUAAGGAGUAAAACAACUGUAUGUGUCUGUGUUUACCACUCACUGUCUAAAAUUCUAUAACCCUAGCCACCUUCAAUUAGACUAGGUUGAAGAGUUAUUAAGAAUGUCGAUAAAUACACCAUUGAGUCCUUUCUUCAACAGACAUUUAUUGAAUGCCUAGCACAGCAAACACUCUGCUAAGUGCUGGGGAUACAGAGGUUAAGACUCAUUUGCUUACCUGAAGGGGUUCAUGGUUUAGUUGGUAGAGAAACAGCAGAACACAUCAUUAUAAGUGCAGUAAUUGACCGGAACGUGAGUCUAUAGAAACACAGAGGGGUUCGUAACCUAGUCUGGAGAAGUUAGAAGAGGCUACCUAGAGAAAGUAUUGCCUGAAGUGCGUUUUGUUUGAGGGUGAGGGUAGGAGUUAUGGCAGGUCCUGACAGAGUGGGUACUGUGA